AUGGAAACAGUGUAUGAUCUGCGUGUGGACAAUGACACAAGUUACAAUGGGAUUCUCUGUGAGAUCACAGACAGUGGAGCUAUCAUCAGCUGCCUAGGGGACUACUCACACAAUGCAACUCUACCUGCCAAAGAUUUGCACACAGCUGUUCGGAUUUUCCUCUAUUCUCUGAUCUUUAUGCUGGGAGUCAUGGGGAACAGUCUGGUUAUCGUAGUACUCAUAAGGAAUAAGCGGAUGAGGACAGUGACUAAUAUAUUCUUACUCUCGCUGGCGGUCAGUGACCUCAUGCUUUGUCUUUUUUGCAUGCCUUUUACCCUAAUUCCUAACCUGCUGGAGGACUUUAUUUUUGGGAGCACUGUCUGCAGAGCUGCCUUCUAUUUCAUGGGCAUCUCGGUGAGCGUGUCAACGUUUAAUCUGGUUGCCAUCUCUUUAGAGAGGUACAGUGCAAUUUGCAAGCCAUUACAGUCACGAGUAUGGCAAACAAAGUCACAUGCCUUGAAAGUUAUUGCGGUUACCUGGUUCUUUUCCUUUACAAUCAUGUUACCAUACCCAAUUUACAGUACAUUGUUGCCAUUUCCAAAGCCUGAGAAUAUAACGGGCAACAUGUGUAGGCUGGAGUGGCCCAACGACCUCACGCAACAGUCAUGGUAUAUAUUCCUCUUGUUAAUUCUAUUCCUUCUUCCGGGGAUUGUAAUGACUAUCGCAUAUGCAUUUAUAUCUUUGGAGCUGUACAGAGGAAUUCAGUUUGAGGUGAAUCAAAAAAAAGAACGGACAAGCAGUAUAAGCAGUAACACGUUUGAGAAUGGAGAUGGUUGUUAUCUACAGAGGACAAAAAAGAGGAGAAAAGUUGAAAUGCGCAAGCUUUCUGUACCCAACAGCACCAAGAUUGAAAGAGUGAGGAGCAACAGUUCCGCUGCCAACCUAGUGGCCAAGAAGCGGGUGAUCCGGAUGUUGAUUGUGAUCGUAAUAUUGUUUUUUAUCUGCUGGACGCCAGUGUUCAGUGUCAAUGCCUGGAGAGCCUUCGACAGCAUCACUGCAGGCAUUCUCCUGUCUGGUGCACCAAUUUCAUUUAUUCACCUGCUCUCCUACACAUCUGCUUGCGUCAACCCCAUCAUCUACUGCUUUAUGAACAAGCGUUUUCGGCUGGGUUUUCUGGCUACUUUCACCUGUUGCUCAGGCAGGAAUGUACAAAGCAGAGGGAUGGUGCAGGGGGUCGGAGAAGAAGAUGGAAGGACCACAGGGGCUUCGCUGUCUAGGUACACCUACACCAACAUCAGCAUCUCUGCAACUGCAUCUGCUCCAACAUGA